AGGAGACCAGAGCGGCAGCAGGAGAGGGAGGGGCCUGGGUUCCAGAAGAGAGAGCUGGCGUUUCCCACCUCGCAGGUGGCGGCUUCCGGGGAUGGAGCCCCCUAGGUCCCAUCUGGCCUCCCUGCCAGAGGCUGGGGAGCCUAAGUCCUGGGGAAGCCCGGAAAGCCCAGGUCAGCGUCCUGGGGCGUGGGGGGGCAGAGAGAGCAGCAUCCAGGUGGGAACCCCCGGCGUGGAGGCCGGGGCCAUGGAGAAGGCGCGGCCGCUGUGGUCCAACCCGCUGCAGUUCCUAUUCACCUGCAUCUCCUACGCCGUGGGCCUGGGCAACAUGUGGCGCUUCCCCUACUUGUGUCAGAUGUACGGCGGAGGUAGCUUCCUGGUCCCCUACGUCAUCAUGCUCCUGGUGGAGGGGAUGCCGCUCCUGUACCUGGAACUGGCCGUGGGGCAGCGCAUGCGACAGGGCAGCAUCGGCGCCUGGAGGACCAUCAGCCCCUACCUCAGCGGCGUCGGCGUCGCCAGCGUGGUGGUCUCCUUCUUGCUCUCCAUGUACUACAACGUCAUCAACACCUGGGCCUUCUGGUACCUCUUCCACUCCUUCCAGGACCCCCUGCCGUGGUCCGUGUGCCCCCUGAACGCAAACCGCACGGGCUACGACGAGGAGUGCGAGAAGGCGUCGUCCACGCAGUACUUCUGGUACCGCAAGACCCUCAACAUCUCGCCGUCCAUCCAGGAGAGCGGCGGCGUGCAGUGGGAGCCGGCGCUCUGCCUGCUCCUGGCCUGGCUGCUGGUGUACCUAUGUAUCCUGCGGGGCACCGAGUCCACGGGCAAGGUGGUGUACUUUACUGCGUCGCUGCCCUACUGUGUGCUCAUCAUCUACCUGGUCAGGGGCCUCACGCUCCACGGAGCCACCAACGGCCUGAAGUACAUGUUCACUCCCAAGAUCGAGCAGCUGGCCAACCCCAGGACCUGGAUCAACGCAGCCACACAGAUCUUCUUCUCCCUGGGGCUGGGGUUCGGUGGCCUGAUCGCCUUUGCCAGCUACAAUGAGCCCUCCAACAACUGCCAGAAACACGCCAUCAUCGUCUGCCUCGUCAACAGCUCCACCUCCAUAUUUGCCAGCAUUGUCACCUUCUCCAUUUACGGCUUCAAGGCCACCUUCAACUACGAGAGCUGCUUGCAGAAGGUGAUUCUGCUGCUGAUCAACUCCUUCGACCUUGAGGAUGGCUCCGUGACCGCCGACAACCUGGAGCAGGUGAAGAGCUACCUGGCGUCCACCUACCCCAGCGAGUACAGCGCCAUAGCCCCGCAAAUCCGCAACUGCAGCCUGGAGUCGGAGCUGAACACGGCCGUCCAGGGCACAGGCCUGGCUUUCAUCGUCUACACGGAGGCCAUCAAGAACAUGGAGGUGUCGCAGCUGUGGUCGGUGCUCUACUUCUUGAUGAUGCUGUUGCUGGGUGUGGGGAGCAUGCUGGGAAACACGAUGGCCAUCAUCACCCCUCUGACCGACAGCAAGUUCAUCUCCAGCCUCCUGCCCAGGGAGGUCAUCUCAGGUCUGGUGUGCCUCAUCAACUGUGCCAUCGGCCUGGUGUUCACCUUGGAGUCCGGCAACUACUGGUUUGACAUCUUCAACGACUACGCAGCCACGUUGUCCCUGCUGCUUAUAGUGCUGGUGGAGGCGGUCGCCUUGUGCUACGUGUACGGGCUGAGGAGGUUUGAACGUGAACUCCAGGCCAUGACCGGCCGCGCCCUCAGCUGGUACUGGAAGAUCUUGUGGGCAGUCGUGAGCCCGCUGCUCAUGGUUGGCCUCUUUAUCUUCUACCUGAGUGACUACAUCCUCGCGGGGACCCUGCAGUACCAAGCUUGGGACGCCAGCCAGGGCCAGCUGGUGACCAGGGACUACCCCCCGUACGCUCUGGCUGUCAUCGGGCUGCUCGUGGCCGCCUCCACCAUGUGCGUCCCCCUGGUGGCCCUGGGGACAUUCGUCCUGCGCCGCCUCAAGAGAGGAGACACAGCCCCCGUGUCCUGAGAUCAGGGCCCCCCAGAGCUCCGGCUCCCAGGUACACCCUGCUCAGCUGCCGAUUAUAUUGUAGAUAUAAUCUUUAACAUUUUGUUAAUGUUCGCGUUAGAAAUCAGAUUUAUAUGCCACCAUUACAAUAAUGGAGUAUUUCUUAAUGACAAUAAUUGCAUGUAUUUAUGGGGUACAGUACAAAUGUGCCAACAAAUGAAAACUAGCAUUUUCAUCUUCUCAAACAUCACUCACAUUUGAAAGGCAGAGUUACAAAGAUGGGGCUGGGAGAGAACAAUUAGCACCUGGACCUUUGGAUUAAACUAAACAAUUUCAAAAGGGAAGUCUGGAGAGCAGACAGGUCCUCUAAGGGCAUUCACUUGUGGCCAUAAACGCCACACGUCUUGCAGCAGGUGGCACAGGGACAUGUCCAUGCAAAGAUCUUGGGGAACUGCCACUGGCUCAUGUGGGAGACCAUCCAAAGCAACAGGCUUUUCAUCUCUGAGGCCACAAUACUCAUCUCACAGAUGAAUUCCAUGGAAGACUGCUCUUCCACGAAGACCUACGAAUAAAAGAUUCUGCAGGUUGGAGUGUGGCGCUGCUGGCUGGCGCCGUCCGUCCGCUAACCUCGGACCAGUCCUCUGCAUUCGGUUUAAUCCUGCGUUUUCCCAUAAUUCUCACCACAGCCACAGGGGAGAGCUCGCACAUCUCCACACACACGCAGGAGAACGUACUUCGGCAGGGCCCCUGCAGGGGCAGGGCCAGCAAGGGCAGGGCCAAGGCCACCCUGCACCGAGGGCUUCCUGAGGAGCGAUUCUCAGCAGUGCAAACACCCAGGUCGGUGGAACAGGACAGAAAGCCCAAACACCCCAGAACGGGGACAGCGAUGGCACUUUAGAUCCAAGCACUUUCUCAGCCACAGGCUCACCUUCGUGGGGAGGGAACACCGGGCUUCCACGGGCGAUCGUGCCAUGCAGGCAGCGGUCCACUCCCAGCCUCGGGAGCUUCAGGCUGAGACCAGCCCUGCCCAGGGGGUUGUCACUUGGCAGUCGAAGCUUCUCCCUCUUCGUUCCAUCAGACAAAACUGCAGCCAACUCUUCAACAAACGACCGCAUAAAAAAAGCCACUGCCCUUUGAGAUCACAGCCUAAUCUGACCUCUCUAGACGGACACACCCUCACCUCACUCCAAAGCCCAAAGUCCAUUAAUUGUGACUACAACCUUUUCCUUCUAACAUCUGCUACCCUAUUGUAGAUUUAGUGUUUUUUUUUUUUUUUUUAAAAAGGCUCAUUUUUAUUCAUUUGAAAGGUAGAGUGAGGCAUUCCAUCCACUGGUUCACUCCCCAGACGGCUGCAAUGGCCAGAGCUGUGCCAAUCCGAAGCCAGGAGCCCGAGGUCUUGGGCCAUCUUCUACUGCUUUGCCAGGCCACAGCAGAGAGCUGGAUGAGAAGUGGAGCAGCCAGGACUCGAACCAGUGCUAGCACUGCAGGCGCUGGCCCCCUGAUAUGGUCUUAUACAAGCAUAACACAUGCUAAGAAAACACUAGCAAAUUUACUAUCACUGAAAUUACAGAAUUUUUCAUUUGAGUCCCAGCUGCUCUACUUCCAAUCCAGUUCUCUGCUGGUGCACCCAGGAAAGCAGUAGGAGAUGGCCUAGGUACUCAGGCCCCUCCAACUGAAAUGGGCAAUCAGGAGGGAGAUCCAAGCUACUGGUCCAGCUCCAGCCACUGAGGCCACCUGGAGAGUCAAGAUCUUUCUCUUGGUCUCUGCUUCUACCCCUGCCUUUCAAAUAAAUAAACCUUAAAAACAGAAGAAAAUGAAGACAAGGUACCAAGUGGGAAAAGAUACUGGUGGUACACAACAAAAAACUGCUCUCCCAAAUAUAAGGAGUUUCAGUAACUCAACAGGACAAUAUAACAGGAGGAGGCAAAAGACUGCCUGCAACAACCGUAUUGCUCACUUGCAAUCCAGCUUCCUGCUGAUAUGCCUGGCAAAGCAGUAGAUGAUCGUCCAAGUGCUUGGGCCCCUGCCAUCCACGUGGGAGACCUGGGAUGGGGCUCCAGGUGUUAGCCUUACCCAGCUGUUGUGGCCACCUAGGGAGUGAACCAGUGGGCAGAUGCUCUUUCCCCCACUUACCCUCAACUCUGCCUUUCAAAUAAAUCUGUAAACAAAAGUUAGGAAGAACAGAUCCAGCUAUAACCUUCAACAUGGAUAAAUGUUAACCACAGGAAGUUUAAAAGCAGGCUCGAAGAUACACAAUACCACCAAGAGAAAUAAUAAAGUUAUCAAGGCUGAGUACUAUGUUAAGCUAAGAAGAUGCAAAUGUGGGAGAGGGGAAAAAAAAGUUAAUGGUCAUCUCUUUGUAAGCCCUGGCUGCCUAUCUCAAACAGUAGCAGCCUGAGUUGUGCAAAGGCACAGGGGAUUCUGGGAGCUGCCAUGGAUGGGGCAUUCAUGGCCCAAUUCUCUAUCUGUAUCCUUCCUUGCCCUGUGUCUUCCCCUUUGCGGCUGAGGUGUUAGAUGGCACUACAUGACCAGAACACCCUGGUCCUGGCCUAAGCCCCACCUCCUCCAGGAAGCCAACCACUUCCCCCCAGUACUGCCUCCAUACUCACUCUUGCAUUCUUCUGAACACAGCAGGCAAACCCAAAGAUCUCCACCGCCUGGCCCUGAGGCCCUUGUGCAGCCCCUCUGCUUGAACGAGCCGGAGCCUGGGACUUCUUCUAGCAGAGCAAGGCACUAGUGACGGCACGACACUCCGAGGUCAGCUUGUUAAGCACUGCCACUCCCAUUUGGCCAGUAGACUCUGUGACUGGCUUUGAUGACCCAAACUGCCACACUGGAGAGGACCAUGGGGCAAGGAACUGAAAGUGCUUCCAGCCAGCAGACAAUCAGUCCAACAUAAAGCAUCACUAUUAGAAAAAAAUAUUUUCAAGCACAACACUGAAACAUUACAGCCUGUGAGGGAACUAAACCCUGCCAACAAGCAGAGUGCACGUGAAUGUGGACCCUGAGCCAGCGCCACGGCUCACUAAGCUAAUCCUCUGCCUUGUGGUGCCGGCACCCCGGGUUCUAGUCCCAGUCAGGGCGCCGGAUUCUGUCCCGGUUGCUCCUCUUCCAGGCCAGCUCUCUGCUGUGGCCCGGGAGGGCAGUGGAGGAUGGCCCAAGUGCUUGGGCCCUGCACCCCAUGGGAGACCAGGAUAAGUACCUGGCUCCUGCCAUCGGAUCAGCGUGGUGCACCGCCGCAGCGGCCAUUGGAGGGUGAACCAACGGCAAAGGAAGACCUUUCUCUCUGUCUCUCUCACUGUCCACUCUGCCUGUCUAAAUAACUAAAUAAAUAAAUAAAAAGUGGACCCUGGGGAUGGCACUGUGGCUUAGUGGGUAAAGCCACCACCUACAGUGCUGGCAUCUGAUAUGGGCACCGGUUCAAGUCCCAGCUGCUCCUCUUCCAAUCCAGCUCUCUGCUAUGGUCUGGGAAAGUAGUAGAAGAUGGCUCAAGUCCUUGGGCCCCUGCACCCAUGUGGGAGACCCAGAAGAAGCUCCUGGCUCCGGACCGGCACAGCUCUGGCCGUUGCAGUCAACUGGGGAGUGAAACAGCAGAUGGAAAACCUCGCUCUCUGCCUCUCCUCUGCUUAACUCUGACUUUCAAAUAAAUAAGUCUUAAAAAAAAAAAAAAAAAAAAGCGGACCCUGUCCCAGUUGAAUCUUGACUAAUUUUGUGGGAGACCCUGAGGUCGGGGAACAGAGCUUCAACCAUGUCCAAAUUGCUGAGGUACAGAAACUGAAAUAAUACUUACGGAUUUUUUUUUCAACAACUAAGUUUCAGGAUAAUAUGUGACACAGAGAUAGACAACUGAUACAUCUCUCACGUCCCCUGCCAUCCCUAGGUGGGAGCACAGUAGACCUAAUUCUCAAUAAAUUUUGCUGAAACUCUUUCACUAAGAAACUGGAAUAAGUAAGCAAAGUUUGUAUUCUAAAGAUUUACCAUAAUUGGAGUGGGCGUUGUGUCCCAGGGGGCUCAGCUGUUGAUUCAGAUGCCAGUAUCCCAUAUCGGAGUGCCUGGGGACGAGUCCUGACUCUGCUUCUGAGCCGGCUUCCUGCUCACACACCUGGGAGGCAGCAGAUGAUGGUCCAAGUGCUUGGGUUCCUGUCACCCACGCGGGAGACCUGGGCAGAGUUCUUGACUCCUGGCCUCAGCAUGUUCUUGAAGAGCGAGCCAGCAGAUGGAAGUAUGGUCACUCUGCCUUUCAAAUAAAAAAAAAAUACCU